UCUCCAACUCCAGAGACGAGUUACCUGGGCCAAGGCCUGUUAGGGCGCGCGUGAGGAGGUCUCCAGGAGGGACUCACCUGAGCGGAGCCGAGUGCCGGCGCCCCGCGCCGCCACACCCCAUCCCUCCCCAGGCCGGCCCGUACCCAACCUGAAGACCUCCGUGCAGCGCCGGCGUGCGAUCCUCGGGUGCUCGUCAGUCAUCACCCACAUCCGGCAAGCGCAAUUUCUUAUUUUCCCGGUUGAGAAGAGAUGAUAAUUCUUAAAUUUAUCGAUUGAGUCAUUGCUGGCCGUCUGCAUUCGUCUGCUUGUUCGUUUUGUUCGGUUGGGACUUGGUAGAGCACAGUGGUAGUGGCCUAGUGUGCAAAACAAGAGACCAAUAAACUUCUGCAUCGGACCUUUAUGUAUCAACAUUCCAUCCACUCAAGUCUUGUAUUAUUACUGUGAGCUUUCGUUUCUUAUAAUUGUUCCCACCAUAACCUAAUUGAGUGAUUGCUGCAUGCUUGCUGAAGACGAGCAAAACAGACACUGGCUUCUUGUUUUCCAUCACAGCCCAACCAAUCGUCAACUUGGUAUCAAUGCUGGCUAAAUGAGCAAAGCACUUUGUUACUUGCCCUUUUAGUACUGUAGAAUGUAGAAUGAAGAUUCCUGGUGUAGAGAAGGUGUUUGGUUAAAUGCUUCUGAGAUGAACAUCAGCAACCAGGCGUUUUUGGUGUGUGUAAAUUGUUCUGUUUUUAACCCUUUUUAGUAUCGGAAACGAUUUGUUCUUGUCACACCCACAAUACAUGCUGAAGCUAAACGUAGAUCUCAGUACUUUGCUCUGUUUUUCUUUACCCUGGAGCAGGUUAAUCCAUCGUUGAACCGCAUAAAGAGGCUGUUGCAGUAUCAGCUGGGGAUGAAGUUUAGAGUUGUCUGCAGGAAGCUGUAUGAUUACGUGAGGUAUGAUCUAAAAGAGAUCGCCUUCCCGUCUUCUCUGCCGGAUCCUCCGGGCACCAAGAGGCGUCCUAAGCUCACACUGAAAGAAAAAUGGUGUAUCCUCAAAGAGGCGACUAGGCUCUAUGGGGCUUUCAGGGACAUCGGUCCUGAGCUCCGUCCCAACGAUUACAAGAAGGCCAAAGAGGAAUCAGACCCCAGCAGCAGUGAAGAGGGCAAAACUAAAAGUGAGCCUACUGUGCUUGAGGACCUCACCGUGGCAGCGAGGGGUGGGGCCGAGACUUUGAAGCCCGCGCUGCGGCGCAUAUACAUGACACGCGCCUCAACCUACACAAAUGCAGUGAAGAACUACGUGCAGACCUACCAGGAAGGGUUGAAGGAUGUCCUGGACGAGAAGGCUGCUAGGAAGGAUCAACAGCAACGCAAUGAGAUGAGGAGAUCAUCGACGUCACCUCCACCCCCGCAAUCAUCAUCAUGAACUUGUUUCAGUUUGUCAGCAAAUAUCACCAUUACGACUUGCAGUUUAACAUUCAUAUGUACUCUUGUAAGAGUUGACGGCCGAGUAGUCAGGUAGAACAGAUGAUGAUGCUUAUCACAUUUCCUAAAUUUUUCUUUCAUGUGUAGGUCUUUGAUCUUGUUUGUCUGCUGAUUAGGGUUAUGUGAACUGUACUCUACAUUAUUGCUAUGGACAUUGUUCUUCAGCUCA